CUUUCUGCUGUUCUGUUCUCUGUUCUGCACUUGCUUGACCUCAGAAGGAGACUUUUUUACACAUAAUAAAUUUUUUACAAUGGCUUCUAAAAACCUUAGUGUUAUCGUCAGGUCACUGUCAACUUCUGCAGUGCAGAAUCAGAUGGUCAGGCCACCCAUCCAGAUUUUUGGCUUGGAGGGAAGGUAUGCAACGGCCCUAUACUCCGCUGCCUCCAAAAUGAAGCAGCUCGAGGCAGUAGAAUCUGAACUGGUCAAAUUCCAGGGAUCUUUGAAGACAGACAAGAAACUUAACGAAUUCAUUGCAAAUCCUACCAUCAAAAAGGAGGUUAAGAUUGAGGGUGUCAAGCAGAUUUCAACAUCCCUUAAGUUCUCUCCGCCAACUGCUAACUUGGUUGCUCUGUUAGCUGAGAACGGUAGGCUGCGCAAUCUGCACUCCAUCAUUAACGCCUUUAAGACGAUCAUGUCUGCCCAUCGAGGCGAGAUCGCUUGUGAGGUAACCACUGCCAAGCCUCUGGACGAUGCCACUAAGCAGGAACUGACUGCUGCUCUCAAGGCGUUUGCCAAGAAAGGAGAAAACAUUCUGCUCACAACCAAGGUUGAUCCUAGCAUUAUUGGAGGUAUGGUUGUUAGCGUGGGAGACAAGUAUGUUGACAUGAGCAUUGCCAGCAAGAUCAAGAAAUACACCGAGCUCAUCCAGGCUGCUGUCUAAAUAGUUGUUCCCUUGUUGUAGUGAAAGCAGUGAUUAUGUAUAUAAAAUGUCAGCAUUUCUUAUUUCUGUUAAAAUAUAAACACACCUACACAUA